ACGCAGCUAACGAAGCCUGCGCACUGCCUGAUAAUCAAAUUACUGCCAGUCGAAUGCAUAAAGUGAAGGAUAACAGGAGACUCUAUUGAAUGCCCGGCCACAGUUCGCUACGUGACGCGAGAGCUGCAACAUCAUGGACAUGGACAUGGGCAAGAAUAAGGACAUAAACACGGAGCAGGCACGCAGUAGGCUAAAGCAAAUACUGCAAGUUCAUAAACCAAAUUAUCUGAGUGAAACAAUGCAAGGAUUUCUGAAAAAGGCCAAGCUAGAACGUGGUCAGGCAUAUCAAUGCAUACGAAAAUUGGUCACAUGGACUGGCCUUUUCAUUAUACUGAUAUAUGCCAUCAAAUACUACCAUGAAGAGCUGCAGGGACAGAGUUGUGCCCUCACAUUGCCUCGGUCCUUGCGCUAUGCACUUCGCCCACCCGAGAACUGUGAGUUUUGUGCCAAAAUUAGGAAUGUGCCACGCCUUAGUCGAAUUAGUCAGCUAGAAUUCGAGACAAAAUAUGCAUAUACCGGAGCACCUGUUAUUGUCAGCGAUGCAACUCAAAAUUGGACAGCAAUUUCGCUAUUCAACUAUUGGUACUUUCGGGACGUCUAUGCGAAGGCGAAGCGCAAGCAACGCAUACGUGACUGCCAGUUUUUGCCAUAUAAGACUGGCUUUCGCGAUAUCUACGAGGCCUUGGAUAUGCCAGAGGAGCGAGUGGACCUGAAGGAGGGCGAACUGCCAUGGUACUUUGGCUGGAGCAAUUGCCACGCCGAGACAGCAGAAGAGUUUCGACGGCAUUACGGCAGACCCUAUUUCCUGCCCGAAAGUUCGGAGAAUAAUGCAGUUGAUUGGUUUUUCAUAGGAACCAGUGGAUUGGGUGCCCAAAUGCAUAUCGAUAAUGUGAGACUGCCCUCUUGGCAGGCCCAGUUGGGGGGCAGUAAACGUUGGCUUCUAAUGCCACCACCUGAAUGUUAUUUUCAAUGCCAAAGUUUCGAUAUAACCGUGCAACAGGGUGACAUAAUUGUCUUGGACACAAAUAAAUGGUAUCAUCAGACAUUUGUCCUUCCCGGAGCUGUCAGCCUGACCAUCGGUGCGGAGUAUGACUAAGUUUAACCGGCUUUAAGCGGUUUUUCCCUGCCAACAGGAAGCAUCUUUGUUUCUCCCUCUCUGUGUGUGUCUCUGCUUUGGCUUUAUGUCUCGUUUAUCGAAAAGAAACUGUAACAGCA